GAGAACGCACGCGUGGAGGAGGAGCGGCAGCGACAGGAGGCGGCCGCAGAGACGCGCAGACAAGAGGAGCAGGCCAAGGCAGAGGAGGAGGAGAGGGCACGACUAGAGGAAGAGAGGCAGCGACGCGAGGAAGAGGAGGCACUCGAGAGAGCACGUGCGGAGAAAGAGGAAGAAAGGAAGCGACAAGAGGAGCGAGCAGGAUUGGAGGAAGAAAGAUCGCAUCAGGAGGCAGAGAUGCGAAAAGAAGAGGAGCGAGCGGCAUUGGAGAAGGCGCAGGCCGAAGAGGCCGAGAAUGCCCGAAUCGAAGCGGAGGAAAUUGACAAGUUCCUCUCCAAGCUGAGUCUGGCUCCAGUGGAUGUGCACAGCGUGGACACGGCAAAGCCCGUGGAGAGCGCACACUUGGAGGAGGAGAGGCAGACACAGGAGGAGCGAAGACGGCUGGAAGAAGAGUUGCGACGGCAAGAGGAAGAGGAGGCGCUUCAGAGAGCCCGUGCGGAGGAAGAGGAGAACGCACGCCUGGAGGAGGAGCGGAAGCGACAGGAGGCGGCUGCAGAGACGCGCAGACAAGAG